AACAGGGGAGCUGCUGGGGAGGACGGGGAGAUAUUUUUGUUUCGAAAAUCAAUCCCUGACAACGGAUCUCCGCACGCAUGUCACGCAACGAGUGGAAUUGCAGCUAAGCUGGGGAUCCAUUGCCAAAGAAGCGAUGCCUAUCUGUUCAUCAACCAAGACGUCGGAAAAAGCAUGUUCAACAAGUCAUACUUCAGCUGCUAAUAAUAUCAACAUCCGUGCAACCACAGAUGAUGCGCUGAACUAUUUGCAGCUUGUGAAGGAUGCCUUCUAUGAUGAACCUGCUAAAUAUGAAACAUUCCUUGACAUAAUGAAGGAAUUUAGAAGCCACAGGAUAGACACUGCUACCGUGGCAACAAGGGUCAAACAUUUAUUUUCUGGCCACCCGGAGUUAAUUCAGGGUUUUAACUUCUUCUUGCCCACAGAACAUCAAAUCCCUAUCUAUGUUAGGGAAGCAGUUGCACACCAUGCGGACCAGGUAAAUUAGGUGAUAUCUAACCAUGAUAUGGGCUUCUACUAUGAUUUUGACAAAUCCUCAUGAUGCUUCAGUGAGCUUGUUAGACUUGAUAAAACUGCAAAUCUGAUGCUAGAGAAGGAUGCGACUGUUCUCUAGUUCUCAACUAUAAUGUGCUUUAAUGUUGACAAUUUGGGAAGGGACUUUGUAUAUUUUUUUCCUUCUGCAAUAAAAAAGGACUCUUCAUACAUCGAAAUUAUGCUAACAAAAUGAUUGAAGGUGGCAAACCUUCAUUUCUGCUGCAAA